UAAAUAGGGUCGAUACGACUGGUAGAGCGCGCGUGUUGAGACGAUGGAUUGUCGCGAUCUUUCUUGUUUUGGUCAACCACCAGCAAAGUGGAAAUUUCACGAUUUUUUAGCGGCAGUGAAAGACGAGUAUGGCCCGGAGACAUAUUUCAGUAAUGACAUAGACGUAUGGAGGAAUCGUUACCUAGACACAAUCAACGAUUUGGGCACAAGUUAUAUGAACGAGUUCGCGCGAGCGGACACACCCGAAUGCAAAACUAGGUGGAAAUGUUUAUUACAAGAGUCAAGGAGAGCUGGGAGUGUAAAGAGAGAUGAUCUUGAUUUGGCAGCGCGCAUUUUUAAAACGGAAAAGGAUGCGUAUGAGCAAUCCAAGCUAGUACAACCGGUCAUACGAUCCAUGUAUGAGUCUGUGAAGACUCAAAGUGAAGAUUACACAAAGACGUUGACGAGGCUCCGGAAGCGGAAAGCCACUGAGUGUCUAGAUGCGGAACCCUCACCUUCCCUUGACACUGUUCCACCUCCAAUAGUAGACACUCUUGAUUUGGAUACCGCUGCCAGGCUAGAGGAUAUUAAGGAACUUGAAGCGACAUUGGUAACGCUCGGUAAAGAAUCCAAAGAACAUGCAAUCGUACAACGCAUCAAACACCUCCACACCAUGCCUGGUAAACAUAAACCUGCAUAUUUCAGUACAUUGUACUGGGGAGUGUUAGAUACGAGCGAUGCGGAGAGCGUUUCACUCCUUUCGGAUACGUCCCGCCAACGUAUCGAAGACAUGUGCAAUAAUGUCAUUAAAUCUACUGAAGGCACCCUCUCCGGUUCAGCAACAAGUCUUCUCGAAGCCCUGCCGGUGCAGGAAAUGUCGAUCCGCUCGCUAUCGCAAAUCUGUGAGGAAUUUGGUCUGAGUGGUUUAUUUGCGUCGCUUGGGGUGCAAGAUGGAAAGGUGGAUGAUAACGACGCAAAGUACAUUAGCAGAGCCAUACAAGAGGCAGCGCAUUUCUUGGAAAAAUACGCACCCGUAUCCGGCCUCAACGAACGUAGCCUUGACGCACAUACGAUGAUCAAGCUCGCGGAUGUUCCAGGCGCCUGGUUGCUCUUGUAUGGUGAGGUGAUGAGCAGGGCUGACCAAUACGAAAAACAUGGUAGAGGGCAUUGUAGGGACAAAAAGGGGAAAUUCGUGGAUUACCUCUACCGAAUAAGUGGUGUGGAGAUCGGCUGUGGGGAGAACUCUGGGCCGUUGGAGGAGCACCAGGAGCACGCGUUGGAGAACAUCGUCGAUCUUGCAAAAACCGCACGAGCUCAGCUAAUGAAACUAAACGAAAUGGCUAACAACGAAGACAUGAUCGUGCCGUUUUUUCACGUUGUGAACAGAACAGUACACUUUUAUCUCUCCUUCGAGUGGUCUCCGGGUUUAUUUGCAAUGCAUCAGUGGAUGGAAGCGGGCCUUCCGAUAGGGGACAUAGACGUCACCGCUGUUGUGGAUCUUGCUUAUGCGUUCCUUACCUUUCGCAACAUAAUGAUUCGUACCGCCAAGAUGUUAAAUGGCCGUCCACGGAGCCUUCUUGGGCAAGUAAACUUGAACCGUACCCGUUCCCUCAACUUGAUUCGCGGAGUCGUCACUCCAAAAAAGCGUGCCAGCAACAAUGGUUGAUAAUGUCAAAUAGUUUGUCUUGCAAAGAUUUUGUGGGUACGGGGAUUCAUGUAAAUUUAUGCCCGAUCGAGGAGAUUACAAGAGUGGGUGGCAGUUGGACAAGGAGUGGGAGGAGAAGCAGAAGCAGGAGAAUGAUCCAAAUCGGUUGUUGAUUACGAGUGAUGAUGAGAAAGACGAGGAUGAAGACAAGGAUGAAGACUUGCCGCUUGCAUGCGUGAUAUGUUGUUAGGUAUAAUUGUUCUUUGCGCAAUGCGCAUCAUGGGAAAUGUCGAGCACGUAAAGGUCGGAGGAACCAUGUUCAUGGGCGGUGGAUGGAAGUAGUUAUACGAUCUUCUGCAGUGUCCAAUACUAGCAGCAUAGGAUGACUGGAUUGGUAGGGGCAUACCAUAGGAAAUAUAAAAGGGCUUACCAGGAGGGUGUCGCGAUUCUGUGAUAGUCAUAUUCAUGCUGACAGGUUUGGCUCGGCAAUGCCUUUAUUUUUCUAGCAUCGAUGAUCUCCGACAAGAAAUCUUUUCCUUGACAUCUACCCCACCUCAUGCGCAGAUUUUGUUGACUCCAGCUGGAGUUCAGCUAAAGCCUGAGAUGGUCUCUGAGAUUUUC